AUGGCAAAAUUCUCAACACCGUCUGUGAGAUAUCGGGAGCAAGGUAAUGAAAUUUUUACCAAAUUACAAGAGCAAAAACAUGCUGCACCGGUGGCGCUUCAGGGGCGUUUUACUGAUGCUCUUAAAUACUAUAAUCAAGCUUUAAAUACUAGUGUCAAUGAUGAUGAACGAGCAUCAGCUUAUAAAAAUCUCGGGGUUCUAUUUGCUUAUCAAAUUACAAGUUCUGAUAUUCAAUCAGUCAAUAGAAAAGAACUUGAUUACAAUUUGAAAGAGUGUAUAACAUCUUAUGGCUCUGCUUUUCGAUUUGGAAGGACAACGAAAUCAGAAGAAUGGUUAACUUCAAUUAAUCGUCAAAUUAAUGAUUUCGUUUACGACUGUUGUGCUAGCUUUCUUAUGUUACCAACAGAAGAACACUUGCGUGUUUUUCAUUUUAUUACUAAUUGCUUUGAACGUACAGAUCUGAAAAAACUCGAUUCAGUAGCUACGGUUUAUUACUCACUUGGUCAGUUGACAUUUGAAAAAGCGGUAAAAUAUUUUAAAGAUGAGCCAAGACUUAUUUAUGACUGUCAACCUUAUCUUGAUCGCGCUUUAUAUUGGGCUUGUGAACUAGAUUCAUUUCGAUCAACGGACCUCGAAGAACUUCGCUCGAGUAUUUGGUUGCAUCAGUGUAUGCAUGAAAGUGCUAAUGCUCGACGUAUUGGUGUUCGUAUGCUUAAAGAGCAUUUAGAAAAUGAUGAGCAUCUUAAUAUGGAUGUCAUAUGGACUAUUAUUGACAAAUUUCGAGAAGCAAUUUUAUUGGCCAAAGAACAUGAUAUUGAGGGUAAAGAAGCACGAGCAUGUCAUCAUACUGCUGUAGUAUAUGAAAAAGUAUUGAAAAUGACUGAUACAGCUUAUAAUUAUCACCUGCGUUGUAUAACACUAGCUCAAACUUUAGUGCCACGCAAUUUAACUACUCACGACUGGUAUGUGAUAAGUAGUUCAUUUGUUGAACAAUAUCGCGCAAAGAAAGUAUAUGAAGAAGAAGCAGUAAAUGAAGAACUUAAGAAGAAAUUUCGCAUUGAAUUAGCAUUGGAGCUGAAAGAACUCGAUAAGAAAGCCGAAAAAGGUAUAUGCGAAUUUCUUGAACACAUCUAUAACAAAUAUCCACCGCGGAAAGCAGGUGCAACGAUGGGUUCAACUGACAGUAAUGAAUUGAGUAAAACUGUUAAAAAAGCUAUAUUACAUUAUCAUCCAGAUUCACAAUCAACUUUCAAUGAUGCAAAAUGGACAUUUCUCUGUACUGAAAUAACAAAGAUACUUAACAUCAAAUACGGACUACUUGAUUAA